AUGAAUUUUACACGAAUGAUUCACGGUGUAACGCGUGGUGCAAUGCGCCAACGACCAAUUCCGUUAGUAACACAAACGAACUCGGUACGACUCAGUUCAUCCAGUGCUGUGGCAUCAAGUCCUGUGCUCCCUGGGCUCCCAUCUGCAUGCAAGCAAUUGUUCGAUGCCAAGGCAAAGAAAGGUUUGAGUUUUGGAGAAAUAGGAAAGGCCAUAGGCAAGGAUGAGAUCUGGACGGCAGCACUCUUCUACGGACAGGCAAAACCAGCACCACAGGAUCUUGCCAAACUCAGCGAGGCUUUAGACGUACCUCACCAGUCCCUCAGGGACAGCCUUGGAGACCAUUGGUGGCCAACGCGCGGCCUUGGACCUGACCCACCUCAGGACCCAGUUAUUUACCGCCUACAUGAAGGGGUCUUGGUGUAUGGGUAUCCAAUCAAAGCUGUGAUCCAUGAAAAGUUUGGAGAUGGCAUCAUGUCGCUGAUCGACUGUCAUGUAACGGUGGACAGGAAACCUCACGAAAAGGGUGAUCGCGUCGUACUGACGUUUGAGUGA